AUGGCAGACAAAGAAGCAGUCGAACAACCAAUUGAAGUGCCAGACCAGUUUAAAGAUAAACCGACACCUGAAGAUGACUCAAAAUCUAAAGACACGCCUACACCUUUGUCUUCGACUGGCGCCAGUAGAAAUUUGAUCAAAGUUCCUCCUAAUUGUCCAUCAGGAUAUUCUACACUAGUGAUCUUUCGCAUUUCGUAUAGAAGGAACAUGGCGGAUGACAAGGACACCCAGCCCGAUGAACAGCCCAAAGAGGUUGAAGUGAACGAAACGGUGUCCAAAGUAGAACUUCCUGAAUCUAAUGCAGUUCCUAACUCAACAACAGAGAGGGCGCCACCUGAGAUUACACUAAGAAACAUGAUAGACGUACCCCCAAAUUGUCCUCCCGGUUUCAAACGAGGAGCAGACGGCGUUUGUAGAGAAAUAUUUUAA